GAGAGAAGAUACUUCGGCUCGUUUGGUGGAUGACACUUAGAGGAGCUGCCGUCCUACUCCUCGUUUUAGGUAUACAGCUUGCAUCGGAGUGUGUUGAUCUGUUAAAUCUUCCGUAUGGAAGAAGGCAAAGAGGAAGAUCGACUGCCGCCGGGGUUCAGGUUCCAUCCCACUGACGAGGAGCUCAUCGCACACUACCUCACCAACAAGAUGACUGAGCCAAACUUCGGUGCGAGAGCAAUCGCGGAGGUGGACAUCAACAAGUGCGAGCCUUGGGAUCUCCCAGGGAGAGCGAAGAUGGGAGAAAAGGAGUGGUACUUCUUCACCUUGCGCGACCUCAAGUACCCGACCGGCGUCCGUACCAAUCGUGCCACGGAAGCCGGGUACUGGAAGACCACCGGGAAGGACAAGGAGAUCUUUGGCAGCAGCAGCAGCAGCACGUCGGAGCUGGUGGGACUGAAGAAGACGCUGGUGUUCUACAAAGGGCGAGCUCCGAGAGGGGAGAAGACCAACUGGGUCAUGCACGAAUACCGCAUCCACUCCAAAUCUCCCUUCAGGGGAAACAACAAGGAUGAAUGGGUCGUCUGCCGUGUGUUCAUGAAGAGCUCCGGUGGAAAGAGGUACCCGUCUCACCAGCCGCGAGCCACCACCAACACCAUGAUGCAUUCCUUGAUCCAGAACGACCUUUUCCACCUCGGUGCAGCUCGGAGCUACCUGUCCAACGCGGAGCUGAUGGAACUCUCGAGGUUCGCCAGAGGCGGCCAUGGAGCAAACCUGCCGAUCCAGCCGCAGCUCAACUUCCAUGGAGGCGGCUUCCCUCUUGCAGGUCUAAACCUAAACCUGGUGGCCCCAACACCGGCGCCGCAGGGGGUGGCUGAGCUGCCUUCGUCGGUGUUGGCCAACGGUGUUAUGGGAGGAGCGGAUGGAGGAUUUGGCACUGACGUGAGCUCCAUGAUCACUGGGCUACACAAUGUGGAUUCCUGUGUGGAGCUAAUCGAUGAGGGCUACUGGCCUUCUUACUAAGAGAGAGAGGGAGAGAAGCUAUAGACACUAAGUUUAAGCUACUUCUCUAGAUCUGUACCAUUAGAUGUCUUGUUGGAGUUUCUUGUAAGGUCUUGUGUUCUUCCACCACACUUCUCCAUUUGUGUUUCUUUACAGCAACUAUACUUACAGUAAUCAAAUAGAUGUUUCUUGUUUGUGAA